AUGCAAAUCAAGAGGAUUUUAAAGGAGGAGAUCAAACCAGCUCCUCCACUCCAUGGUGAGGGUAACUGCGCACGAACAAACCCAUGGUGGAUCCGUGAUGAAACUAUGCUCGUUGAAGGCGAAAAGUCAACUACCAUUGGUACCACGCUGUUACGUUUUCGCCUACAAACAGCAGCGGCGCUGCAGCCUCGGACAGUCUUGUUUACACUGCAGCAGUCCCAGUUGGCAGCGGCUGCAGAGCGCACUGCGCAUCCCAAUCCACGGUGGGGGAACCCAGACCAUAAACCCGACCCAUCAUGA